UGAGAAAAGGAUGCAGGAAAUUCUGUUGUUUAUACACGUUUCUGUAACUCUGAGAAGCAAGAGGAGCCUAGAAAAUCCAGAGGGUUGCAUCUGGAAACAGGCUCAAUCCAACCUGGCCUUCAGGAGCUCUAGGGGUGAUCUCAGAUUAUGAAUCAAAACAUGGACAUAGGAUCUGUUCAUCAUCUAAUGGAAGAUAUACAGAUUUUUAGGACCCAACCAAGACAGCCAAAUAAAUUAGAAGGAAUUUGUCAAACAGAUGACGAUCUGUGUAAUUCAAAUCUUCCAUCUCAAAAUUUUUACCCAUAUUCACCUCAUUAUACACAUAUGCAUAUGAAUUACUGCAGCGAGUUGGAAAUUUUUGAAGCAGUAAGAAUUAGAGAACUAGAAGAAGUCAAAGCCAGAGCUGCCCAAAUGGAGAAAACCAUGCGCUGGUGGUCAGAUUGUACUGCUAAUUGGAGGGAGAAAUGGAGCAAAGUUAGAGCAGAAAGAAAUAAAGCCCGAGAGGAAGUCAGACAAUUGAGAAUAAAAUUGGACAGCGUUGUAAAAGAAUUGAGUAUGCUUAAGAAGAUAAACCAGGAUUUAGUAACUGAGAAAGAAAGUUUAGAAAAUGUAAGUGCAUGGAAAACAGUGCAUUUCAAUUCCUCAGAAAUAUCUCAUAUAAAAAAAGACCUAAACCAGUUAACAUUUUUGGAACAAGAACCAGUGAAAGAACUGAACAAAACCAACAAGAUUCCUUGGACAGAAGACUCAAACAAGGAUGUGGAGGUAAUCAAACAUCCCUUAAGAAGCAGUCAGGAUACAAAGAUGACUCCAAAGCAUCUUGAUUCCUUUCCCAGUGGAUUUACCAGUAUUUAUUUUGAGGAACCUAAAAAAGGUCUGCACAACGCAGCUCAGACAUCAGAGAAUGAUUUAAUGCAUGCUUCUGUUCUGCAUUUGCAUUUGGCUGAGUUACAGAAAAUCUUAACCAAAGAAAGAGAAAUGAAUGUAUUUCUGGAAAAAGAAGUGGAAAAGACAGAAAAUGAAUUAGCUCUUUGGAAGUGGAAAUAUGAAGAACUAAAACAAUCUAAACUGGAAAGUCUGAACCAGCUGGAAAGAUGGCAGUUUGAGAAUACCUCUGAAUGGGAAAAGAAAGAGAUACCUGAUGCAGAAAAACAGUGUUUGGAAGAAGAGAGCAGAAGGUUGAAGUUGCAAGUGAAAGAAAUUCAGGAACUUCUGGAGAUGAAAAAUAAAGCAGUACCAAUUAAGUUGAGUUUUGACCAUCAAAAUGCACAAAGUAAGCUGCAGGUUAAACAUAAGAUUAAAGAGACCGAAGAAAAUGAGCUCAGAGUUUGGGACCAGGCAAAGUUCCUUGUAUGUUGUUGGAGAUUCCACCAAGACAGUGAAUGAAGACAUGAGACAUUACCUCCUGCAAAAAGGCUAACAGGAAAUAAAGGGAGAAAAUACUUAAAGACUUCAAAAGACUUACGGAAAAAUUAAACAGUGGAAGUACCCGCAACAUAUAUAGAAACACUACAUGAAUUAUUUCUAUGUACUUGACAUUUUCAGUAAGGACCAUAGAAACGUGUCAUUGUUCACCAUCUUAGAAUACUUUUCAGUUUGUUCUUCCUUCUCAUUUUUCUCUAUCUUCUAAAGCAAAAGAUGGAUUCUAAUUGAUGUAGCCCAUAAUUUAAUUUUUUGGGGAAAAAAAAUUGCAAUGUACAUGGCGAAAGAGAGAGUGUCAUAGUUGGUUCUGUGAAGACAGUGAGUCUGAAAUGGAAGUCAGUGCUUUUUGCCUUGUCUCUUGCUUUUUUCUUUUCAUACAGCAAUGGGAAAUAACUAUUUCUCAGUACCACUAGUUCUGCCAAAGCAGUAUGUUGUAGUUAGAUAAAUCUAACAUUUCACUCUCUACUAAUCUACUGCAAACUCCUUCUAAAACUUCUUCUUUUUUUUCUUUUUUAUUUUUUUAUUUUUUAUUUUUUUUCCAUUGAAUUUUUAUAGGACCAUAGAAAAAGGAAUAAUUAGUUCCAUAAUUGGUAUCUCUGUUGUGGAUGUUGGUGUGAAGACAGCGUGUCUCAUUUAAAAUUUGCUUAGAUUUAAGUGGGGAUUUGUGAAUGAAAAUGUGGAAGGUUAACAAUUACAGAAGAAUCAUGUUUUGCCAAGGAAUUUGUGAGCUGCUGGAGUUGGAGCAAUAUCAUGACACCCCAUUGUGUAACAUAACAGUACUGAAAAUGUCAGUGUGAGCCAUAGAAAAUGAAAGUGCAUAAUUAUUGAUUUUUAAAUUCUGUAACAGCCAAAUGUACUUCUAUGGUUAUACUGAAAUAGCUGAAAAUAUAGUAAUGUCAGAAAACAACAUACUGAUGAAAGUUUUUAUCUAACCUCUACAGACAAGCAAUUCUUGUUUUCUUUGACAAGCCAUUAGAAAUAAGGGUCUUUCAGAGAUAAAACUCUAGGGUUUCAGCAAUUUAGCAAAAUCUCUUAAAGGCUACAAUACAAUCUGUGGCUAAAAAUCAAGUCAUAUGAUUCCACAAGUUACUGAGGAAACAGAUUCUGUCCUUCCCUCUGUAUCUCUAAACAUGAAAGAAAAACAAAUAAUGUUUGAUUGGUGCUGGAGAACAUCACUGCGGUAGCAGCUUGCCAGACUAAUAAGGAUAGUGAUGGAAAUCAAACAGCUAGGAGCUACUUUCAGCUGAUCUGACUUGCACUUCUAUAUAAACCUUUAGUACAUGUUUGUCCUUCACUUCUCUGUAUUAUAAUACACGGUUGUAUUAUAAUAGUGCUCAUGGUUGCAAUAAAUAGAUCAUCAGACAUAUUCUAGAAUGUAUAUUUCAGAAUAAUGAUGCAGUAUGUUUUAUUUCUCAUGAAGAAACGCUCACUAUCCCACAUGAUUCUUAUCGACCAUAUUUUACUUUGAAGUGCCUUCUUUUUAAUAGUGGUGCUUAAGUUUUAUUGCAAGAGUGCAAUAAUCAGACAAGUCACUUUGGUUUUUUGUAAUUUCUCCCUGUUCUCUGAGAAUAUUCAGCUUCGUCUUCAUCUGUUAAGUGCAUAAAAUAUUUAUUUCAGCAACUACUUACACAGAGAACUUCAGAGGUCUCUGUGAAGAAGCAUACCUGUAAAUUAGUCACUUGAAAGAAAUCCAAGAGAUAAUAAUACAUAAUUGCCCUCAUUGCAGUUGAGAAUGUCAGAGAAUGUUAAUUUAUGACCUUUUCAUCAUAAUACUAGAAUGUCUCCCGAUCUUAAAUAUACAUCUAUGAUAUUUGCUCUAUACUGGUAUUCCUAUUCAUUCACCUUCACAUUCCCCCUGGGGAAUGGACAGAGAAGACACACAUAUUUGUGCAGAAAGAGUGGCUUGCUCAGAGUCAUUAAGGAUAAAAUUUGAAAAAGUUAUCAGGAAAACUCACCCUAAAUCUGUUUCCAAACAGUUAAGCUAUGCUCACUGUCAGAGGAAAUGAUUGGUGCCUAAAAUAGUGGAAUGCUUCUAGAAAAUUUUUUAAAAUAAUAAAAAAAUAAUCUGAAAAUAAUCUGAUAUUUCUUGUUAUUCUUUUUAACAGAUGAUAUUGUAUACAUUGCAUGUCAAUUAGUUUACUAAAAAAAAUAAACACAGAAAGACCAACAAAUAACUUUCACAGCUGAUAAAUUUUGUUACAUCUAAUUUAAAGUAACAAAUGUUUAUAUAAUUUCAUAUUGGUACAAAAGCAUUUAAAAAAUUAAACAGAUAGGAAAGAAUGAUUACCGAGGUUUAGUGGUAAUCCAAUAGAGGAUAUAGAAAUAAGGUUAAUGUUGUCUUAUACAUCCUCCUUCCUAAAUAAAAUGCUGCUUUUCUGAGAAAUGCAUCAGCUUCCCUUUAGAGUACUUUAGCAAACACUUUUCAAGAUAUAUUUCAUAAGAAUUUGUUCUUCUGCUCCAUCAAGCAAACAUUGGAAUAUAUUUAAGUGCAUUUAAACAGUCCUGAACUUCAUCUCCUGGAGAGACAGAGAUAUCAGAGUUUAAUUAAAAGCUAAAUUGUUUUUUUUUUAAAUUUAUUUAUUUCACGAAAUCUCUACCUCUCUGUUCCCCAGUUCCUAUUUCCUCAAUGAGUUCAUGCCUAAAUCUUAUCACAUUAAAGGGUAACGUGAACCUGUAUUCCACACUUUAGUGGGACAGUAUCCUCAAAUACAAAAUUAAGAAAACACCACUAGGCAACGACAUCUCAGGAACUACAGAGAUUAUUGGAUGCCCUCUACUAGUACAGAACUUUUAUUAUAUGACUUCAAGGAGAAGGUAAGGAAUGUUAUUCAACUGAAAUAAAAAACAUAUUAAUAAUUUGUCAAAUUUGAAAAAAAAAAUAAAUCUAAAAAUCAGUGAUUACUUCAAAGGAUGUUGUGAUGGUGUUCAACAAAAAAUUACUAUGCUCUAGUGAAAAUGUGAUUUGGUUGCCUGCUGUAAUCAUGAACAGGAUAUUUUCCAGGCAAAGCCAUUUCAGAAGUCAAUUGAUCAUAAUUAGAAAAUGGCAAUAAAUAAGCCAAUACUGAGAUUGAAUAAAAUAAUUCUUAAAGUUAUUAACAUUUGAAAAGAAGAAAAUGAAGAUAAGAAAAGAACAAAUAAAAGCAUGCUACUUUUCUUUUAAGCUUUGAAUGUUUUCCUAGUAAAAGAUUCUAAAAUGAAGAAGUAUUAACAUAUUGUCCAUCAAUGAACACAUCAAGUAAGACUGUAUGGUACAUACAAAACGUACUAUAUUUCUGUCAAUAAAUCCAGACAGGUAAGAAAAUAUCAAUGGAUUCAACAGCUUCUCCUUGCACAUUAUACUACUUCACUGAUAUCCAAAAACACAGAAUUUAAGAGACAUAACUAUGAGAUCUCAGAUGGCUUUAUAUUGUGGCUUACAGUAGAAAAUUGAGUUAUUCAGUUCUUAAGUACUGAAUCAUAUAAAACUUAAGCAGCUGCAGUAACUUAUUUAAUACAAGAAGCAAAGUUUUUUGGAUGCAUAAAGGGAAGACAUGAAAUCUUAUUGCCACUACUGCAGUUUUCUAGUGGUAAUAUUUGAUAGUUUAUUCACCAAGAUCAGAAUGUGUUCUUCAUUUUUAAAAAAAAGAAAGCAAAAACACGUUAAUCUGGAAGUGUAGUUGGUUAAUAAGAAGGCUUUAUUGCUUGUUAGCUCUGCAAGUCUGCUGUUACCAUUCGUUUUUACUUCUCUUUGUUGCAGACGCUUCUUUUGCAUAUUUGUUUAAGAAAGAAAGUAAAAUGUGUAAUAAACUGCAUUAACACUUUUGAAACUUAAACAGGACUCUCACUAAUGAGAAUGAGGUUUAGACACACUGCUUGAUAGAUUCCACAUAUUUGUAAGCCAUAUUCUAAAAAUCACUGUAAUUAUCAGUGUUAAUAAAUGUUCCAUAUUUUGUUAACUAGAGACACUAACGUUCUCACAGGUUGUACUAUUAUACAUAUUAUACAUUAACACUGAUUUAACUAAUUUGCAGAAAUGGGUUUAUUUGCAAUUUCUAAUACAGAUCAUAUGUAUUUAUUUGAAACAAUUCUGUACUGAGUUUUAUGUGACUCUAAACUGAAAACCACAGCAGGGGAAAAAAAAAAAAAAAAAAAAAAAAAAAAAAAAGAGGAAAAAAAAGCACUCUAUGCAGCUGUAUGGUAAAUUGGUAAUCACAGCCUGAAGUUCUGAUUAAUUGGCUGAAGCAAGAUUUGGGUAAGAUGUGGGAGCACAGGAGAGGGUAAUUUAGCUGUGCUCCCAGAAAGGGUGGAGCGUGACUCCACCUCCUCUAGACCUCAUUUAAGGGCUGACUACCCCUGAAGCAACAUCUCUUUGAGAUUAUUCCUUGGUGGAGAUUGCUUCAGUAUUUUCCACUGGAGGCCUCUACUGGUUGAGUCUUUCCUUUAAAUAACCUUUUGGAUACAACCUUUUGGUUACUCAUCACCACCUCUCUUGUACCGUUUUUACAUUCUUGUCACUAUACAUCACUGUACAGCAGCCAAUUUCAUUUUUCAAUGUAUUUUUCCUGUACUUUUUAAAGAGAAGUUGAAAGAAAGCAGUACUCUUUAUGAAAACAAAUUAAAUCAUCAAACCUGUGGAGCUUCUCUACUCUUAACUUGAAUAUACUUUUUCAGAAUAUUUUAAAUGUAAUUUGCAUAUUCAUUAUAUCUAUGUAUUAGGUUAUUGUACUUCUGUUGUUCUCAUGACAUGUCUAUUUCAAAUGUAAUUGGAAGAUUAGUGAGGAAAGUGGGAAUGUUUCAGUCAGACUGAGGAGUGUAUUCUGCCAAAAACAUAUACAUGUAUAUAUUCAGCUAUGUUUGGUUUACCUGUGAUUAUUCCUAUGUAUAAAGGAAAAAUCUAAUUUGCAUCCUGAAAACAAUUAAGUUUUGAAUGCAUAUGCAAAGCAUAUCUUUAAUAAUAUGAUUGUAAUAUUCCUAUAAGAAACCUCUGGCUUCAUGGAUAUGAAUAUAAGCAGACUCGGAUGUAAAAGAUGGUGUAAGAGAUUCUGGAAUAGACUGUUCACAAAAAUUUCAUUUCUUGAACUGUACAGUAAAUGUAAGCAUAGUUAUUGGUAGACAUAGGACUUUGUUCUACUGACAGGAUUUCAUUUACUCAAGAUUCUGGGAGUCCAAAAAUAGAAAAAAAAACUUUACUGGGGUAUCUUCAUAAUGGAUAACCAGGAAAGCAGGAAGCUAGUAUUUUUGCCAUGUGCAACUUCCAAUGCAUGCAGUAGUUCCUCCUUACAGAUUACAGCAAAGUAUUAUUGCAAUUUAAUUUGAUAACUGAAUUUCAGAUUUUGUUCUUUGACUAUCAUUCUAGUGGGACAUAGAAGUUGCAUGCAGUGCCAUUAUUUGGUCAUCUUAUGUAAUAUCAAAUGUUAUAUACAAUAGUAUAGUUAUGUUUUGUUUUGUUUUGUUUUGUUUUUUGUUGUUGUUGUUGUUGUUUUAAGUCUAAAAGUAGAAUCCACAUUUUAACAUACUCAGUAAGAAAGUUGAAAUGAUAGUUGACUGGUUUGGUUUUCUCAUUACUAUGAAAACCUUGAAAUUAAAAAGAUUUAAAAAAAUAAAAAAUAUAUAUAUUUUUACCAGAAAUUCUUUUGCAAUGCUAUUUAAAAUACUUUAUUAUUAUUAUUUAAUAUAUAUUUCUGUCCUCCCAAAUUUCUUAGUAAAAUGAAGUUUAAUCCUUUGGAACCUAACAUAGGAGUUCUUGGAUUCUCAAGCCUACACACUACACUUGUGCACACAUAACAAUCCCUUGCAUACACAUAACACUCUGAGCAACAGAUUUUUUUUUAUAAGCAAAACAGAUUCAGCUUUCCAUGUCUCUUUUCUCAAAACUUAAAGCUUUGCUGUGUUUACAUUGUGCUACUUGGUAUUUAUUUUGAAACUAAUCUGAGUUCCAGAUCUGUCCUAAUAAAUUCUUCUGUGCUGAAA